AUGGCCAACAAGUCAGAUGAUGAAGAGCAUGUCAUUAUCGUCGGAAUCGACUUCGGCACCACCUGGGCUUACUCGGGCGAGCCUAACGACAUUGAGGUAAUCAGUCGAUGGGAAUCUAAGCUGAACCUCAACUCCGAUAAAGAGAAAGCGCCGUCUGCUAUUCUCUUUCCCGGCAAGCGGGGAAACAUCUCCUGGGGCUAUGGCAUUCCUCCCAACGCAAAGCAAGAGCCUAUGAGAUGGUUCAAGUUGUUGCUGGUGGACGAGAAGGACCUUCCCAAGAAGGUUAAGAACUCUUCGCAGAUUUCCGCAGCUCGUAAGAUGGUAGGUGAGGAGAAUAAGGACCCGGUUGAGGUCAUCAGCGCGUACCUCACCCGCUUCUGGAACCAUGCAAUCGAAUGCAUCAUCACCUCGGCUGGCCAGGAUCUUGUGGAUAUGUGCCGCUUCCAAGUCGUCAUCACGCUUCCAGCUAUUUGGCCCGACUAUGCCAAGGCGCGCAUGCGGAGGGCUGUUGACAGCGCUGGCAUCUUGAAGGAGCGCCCUGCUGGAGACACAACUUUGUUCUUCAUCUCUGAGCCUGAAGCUGCUGCUCUUGCUACCAUUCGGGACUUGAGUAAACGACCAAACAUCUUUGUCGGUGAUCACAUCAUUGUGUGCGAUGCUGGAGGCGGUACCGUUGACCUCAUCAGCUAUGAGAUCCUCAGUAUGGAUCCCUUCGUGGUUCGAGAGGCAGUCGAAGGCGAUGGCGAUCUUUGUGGCGGUGUCUUCCUUGAUGAUGCAUUCAUUGAGCUUAUCAAGAGAAAGGUCACCCCUGAAGCGUGGGCCAAUGUUUCUAUGGCCAGAAUGAUGACUUCUCUUUUGGUCUGCCUGCUGAGUGCCGCGCUCCGGGUACCUCUAAAGCGCAAGAAGAACCUGGUUCUCGACCGCGAUGACCUUCUUACCGUCUUCGACCCUGUCAUCGAUCAGACUGCGGAGCUUGUCCAGAAGCAGAUUGCCGCUGUCCUGAAAAAGACAGAUAAGAAGCCCAAGAAAGUCAUCUUGGUCGGAGGCUUUGGUCGAUGCGUUUACCUUCGGACGCGUCUUCAGGCUAUCAUCGGCAAGGGAAUUGAGAUUCUUCAAGGAUCGGGCAACAAGCCUUGGAGCGCCAUCAGCCGUGGUGCAGUCAUCAGCGGCUUGACCGCUCGCAAUCUUGCCCCCGGUCUUUCAGUUGGAAUUACUUCAAGAAUCUCUCGCAGAAGCUACGGUGUCACAUACUGUAUGCCUUUCGACUUUUCUACUCACGACCCCAAGGACAAGUACUGGUGCACCAGUGAGCACCAGUGGAUGGUGCGAAACCAGAUGGAGUGGUUCCUUGAGCAGGGCACUGACGUUUCAACUGCUGAUCCGGUUCGUAAGGAGUAUUACCGCCUCCUAGAGUCGACUCCGAAGAAAGUCUCAGAGACUAUCUAUGCCACAUCUGCGUGGCCUGCUCCCAAGACCUGCACACAGGAUGUCCAAGAGCUUUGCACCAUCACCUGGUCCAAGAAGAUCGACUUCAAGUCUCUGAGGCGCUACACAAGCCCCACAGGCAAGAUGCUUGGCCGGCUGGAGUUUAGUGUCGAGAUGACUUGCUCUGGAAACAGCGUCGACUUCGCCGUUCUUCACGAUGGAAAGCAAGUUGGUGCUCAGAAUGUCUCGGUGAUCUUCAAGACGGAGGAUGAUGCUUAA